AUUUCGAGUGCAGCUACCAAGCAUUGCGUUGGAUGUCGAUCCGUCGCUCUGAAAUCUGUUGCUUUUCCUUGUCGCUACCACAUGGCCUGACUUGAGACAAAUUCUGUCCGGAGAAUGUUGUGAACGACCCUGUUUAACUUCUCGGCGUAUUAAGUUUCUAUCACCAAAGAGGGUGGCAUACAUAUAAGUUAUCAUCAUGUCGCAGGUGCAAACCAGGUUUUACACAAAAAACACAAGGUAUGUAAUAGAUGACGUUCCGUUCUCCAUCCCAGCCACUUCUGAAGUUCACGAUCUCAGCAAUAUCAUCAACAAGCUACUGGAGUCCAAAAAUGCAUCUCAUACCACGGUCGAGUUCGACUUCCUGGUCAGGGGUCAGUUCCUCCGAACCUCAGUAUUCAGUCACAUGGAAACCGAAGACAUAUCAACGGAAGAUGUUGUGGAGAUUGAAUAUGUGGAACGGAUCACGGCGCCGAAACCUGAGGAGUGCAUAAUGCACGACGACUGGAUUAGUUCUGUAGAUGCAGAUACUGAAUGGAUCCUGACCGGAUCUUAUGACAAAACCGCCAAUAUCUGGUCCUUGGAGGGCAAGGUUAUGACAAAGGUGGCUGGACACACAGAUGUGGUCAAAGAUGUCGCCUGGGUUAAGAGGAACGGCUUGACUUCUCUACUUCUGACCGCCUCGCUUGACCAAACCAUCCUGUUGUGGGAGUGGAACUCAGAGAAGAAUAAUGUGGUGGCCAGGCACUGCUGCCGGGGCCACACGGGCAGUGUUGACACGGUCGCCACGGACCCCACUGGUUCAAAGUUCUGCAGUGGUUCCUGGGACAAAAUGUUGAAGAUAUGGUCAGCAGUUCCAUCUGACGAGGCAGAUGAGGUUGAGGAGCCUGUCGACAGGCCUAGGAAAAAACAGAAGACCCAGCAGCUGGGCCUUACGAGAACACCUCUGAUGACAUUUUCUGGGCACAUUGAGGCCGUAUCAUCAGUGCUGUGGUGUGAUAACGAGGAGCUUUGCAGCGCCUCCUGGGACCACACAAUCCGUUUGUGGGAUGCGGAGACGGGACAGAUGAAGACAACCCUGACGGGAAGUAAAGUGUUCAACAGCAUUUCCUACUCACCUUUGUGCCGUCGCUUGGCGUCCGGCAGCACUGAUAGACACAUCAGGCUGUGGGACCCUCGCACGAAAGAUGGUUCACUGGUGCAACUGGCGCUAACCUCGCACUUUGGCUGGGUCACCGCUGUCAAGUGGUCCCCAUCACACGAGCACCAGCUGGUUUCCGGAUCCCUGGACAACCUUGUCAAACUGUGGGACACCAGAAGCUGCAAAGCUCCUCUGUAUGACCUGGCAGCCCAUGGAGAUAAAGUCUUCUGUGUGGACUGGACAGAAAGUGGGAUGAUGUUAAGUGGGGGAGCAGAUAACAAAUUAUACACCUACAAAUACUCAGCUUGUCCGACUGACGCAGGAGCGUAGUCUCAGCUGUGAGAAUCGUAUCCUGCACAAAAGCCCUUUUUGACUUUUGUCUCUAUUUUUGUUUUUAACACAUUGUUAAGGUCUCUUAACAUGGGGUCUUAUGUCAUUUUCCUAAUGCGCAUAAAUGGGUUUAUUCUCCCAA